AGUGAAUUCCGAAAGUAACUUUGAAAAUGGAGGGUAAAGAUGAAAACAACGUUGGACAUCCAACAUUAAACUCCCAAAUUGACGAACAAACUACAACGACGUAUGCUAUAAUAGAAGACGUUGGGCAAGUAAUUGAGGGAUCUCUAGCAGAUGCAGUUCAAGAAGCGAGUGUUCAGUAUUUUGAGGUAUCGACUGAUCAACUAGCCAACUUGGGGCUGCUGGCCACAGUCUCCUCAGAUGAAUUUCACAGCUUUAGUGUGGGCACUGAACAGGGACCCUCGGGGUUCCAGCUGGUGCAGGCAGAGGAAGGUGGACAGGGGCCCUCAGGAUUCCAACUGGUGCAGGCAGAGGAAGGGGGACAGGGACCCUCGGGAUUCCAACUGGUGCAGUCAGAGGAAGGGGGACAGGGUGUGAAGAUGCCAGGGAUAGAACCAACUCUUCAGUACCUGACAGGAAAAAUAAGUUUCACAGAGUUCAGUCAGCUGAUGGACACAGAUGAUUCUGAGCAGGUUGUUGACAUUGACAAUGUGGCCCAGACAAUACAUGUGACAGAUGUCAUCAUGCCAACAGAGGAGACGAUUGUAGAGGAGGAAGAGGACGAGGAGGGGGCGGAUGAUGGAGGCGGCCAAUCAGAGGACAUGGAAGCGAACGAGAAAUCUCCCAGAAAGAGGAUGCGUAAAAAGAAAAAGAAAUACAGCGAUUUACCCAUACAUCUAGAGGGACUGAUGGGAGAAGCUAAUAUUAAGUUUGCUCAAGGAGAUCAUGAAAAGGCCAUAUCAAUAUGCAUGGAUAUCAUCAAGAUGGCUCCAGAAGCAUACAUGCCCUUUCAGACACUGGGCCUUAUCUAUGAGGACCAAGGAGACCUCAAGAAAUCCCUUCAGUACAGUUUGAUAUCAGCAUAUCUAAACCCAGUGGACCGUAACAGUUGGAUCCGACUCGCUGAACUAUGUCAGGAGCUGGGAGACAAACAACAGGCCACUCUCUGUUACACCAAAGCACUACGAGCUGAGCCUCAAAAUCCUCAAAACCUUGACUUAUUCUGGAGCAGAAGUCAUUUAUAUGAAGAGUUAGGGGAGAAGAAAAAGGCUCUAGAAGGCUAUAAGUCCAUGCUGAGGAUAACUCCAUCUCAAGAUGGCGAGCGAUACAUGGAGAUUGCUAGAACAAUCACCAAGCAUUACUAUGAAGAAGAUGAUAAAGUGUCUGCCAUGGAAACCAUGAGAAAUGCAUUUGAGGCAAAUUCUGAAAAUGUGACAGCUGAAGAUGUGAAUUUAUUCAUGGAACUGUUAAUGACUCAAAGACAGUUUCUGCAAGCCAUUGAGGUGCUGGUGAAUCACUGUGGGGUUGUAUUUCAAUUAAAUGUCAACAGAGAAUGGAGCAAAGCUGUUCCCAUAGGCAUCUCCCUCAUAGAAAAUGGUGCCGUCAAAAUCAGCUCUGUUGCCAUACCAGAAAUCCUCCCCAUUGACUUGAGGGUGAAACUUGGAAUAUGCCUUAUACAGAACAAACUCUUUACUAUUGCACAGGUUGUUAUAAAUCAACUGUUUCAAGAGAGUGUGGAAGAUGUUGGUGAUUUAUAUUUGGAUGUAGCGGAGGCAUACAUGGACCAGAGAUGUUUUGUUGACGCAAAGCCAAUCCUGAAGAAACUUGUCAACUCAGAGAAUUACAACCUGGCUGCUGUGUGGCUGAGGCUUGCGGAGUGUCUGAACUCCUUGGGGGAGGUGGAGAGAGCAGUGGAUGCCUACAGCAGGGUAGUGGAGAUGGCCCCCUCUCACAUCGAGGCCAGGAUGUCCCUGUCCACCCUGCAGUCACAGCUGGGGAAACACGAGGAGGCAUUGAAAGCACUCAGCAGGGAUGAGUCUGAUGGUUUACUCACAAAAGAGGAGAAAACUUUGCUGCUCCAGAGAUGUAUGCUGUUUUAUGCCCAUGGUCGAUUGAACGAGUUUUACCACGAAUGUAAAGCCUUGUUGUUCAACAUGUUCAAGGAUCUAAAUGACCCAGACUUCAUCAAGGCUGUAUAUUGCUGUAGAUCUAAUAAAACUAGGAGAGAAAUGCUGCAGGACCAUUUUAAACCUGGCUAUAAAGUUGGAGAUUCAUCAAAGUCUGACAUUCCAGUUGAUGACUUAUGGGAUUUGUUUGUUAAGCUGUGUGAAUUGUUGUUAAACAACAAGAAAUAUGACGAUUUACUAGAAGUGACGGCCCUUAGUAUGUCCUGUCCCUACUUCAUGCUAGAGCCAAGGAAAGUCAAGCAAGCUGAGUUUAUGUGUCUGCUGGCCUGUAUUCGAUCAAAGAAUGAACACUUUGCCUUCAGUCAUAUCAGAGAAAUCUGUAUCAAGGAAGGGCACAAAAACCAAGCAUGGAAUUUACUGAACCAAGUAUUAUUGAUUUCCACUGAAAACAGACAUAGCAGAUUUUGUCUUCGCUAUCUACUAACUAAUCCUGAUCAUGCUCCUGUAGAGUUACUUAAUGGGCAUAAUGCAACCAUAUCCGGAACCUACAAGUAUGCACUAGGAGAGUAUGUGGCAGUUCUCCGGACGUGUCCUGAGGACCCAUUGGUCAAUCUCUGUAUAGGACUCACAUUAAUCCACCUGGCUGGCCAGAAGUAUUCCUCUAAAAAGCAUUCCCUCUUUGCUCAGGGACUAACCUUUAUAAACAACUACAUGGAACUUCGAGGGGAGUGUCAAGAGAUAUACUACAACUUGGGUCGAGCACUGCAUCAGCUGGGGCUGACCUAUGCUGCCAUCCAUUACUACAAAAAAGGCCUGACAUUUCCUCCAAUCAUCGAGGAUGGAGAGAAUCGGUUUGACCUGACGCACCAGUUGGCUUACAAUCUGAUGAUUAUCUACAAGUCCAGCGGCUCCGAUGCCCUAGCCAGACAUAUCAUGAAUCGAUACUUGGUCAUCUGAGGAAACCACCGACUGUUUUGAAAGAGAAGUUACCCACUGUAGUCAGUCUGUUUUGACUUGACUUAAAAAACUUACAGCAUAGAUGUACUUACCUAAAAAUUAUCAGUACACUUCACAUGUGGCAGGGGAAAGAUAUUCUAUGUGAAAUUGGAGUGAUGGAGCAAGUUUGGUAGACAUAAAUUACAGGUGUCUGACAAACACACAUUGGUCUAGUCAGAGACACUUAAGGAUGUGCACUCACACUCUGCCAAUAAGUCUGCAGGUGCUCUUAUAGAGACCCCAGUGUCUAUUUUACAGAUUGCAGCCAUAGAGUCUUGUGUCAGGGAUUUAGUACCUCUGCCAUACUUGGGGAAUCAAUACACUGCAGAAUGUACGGGAAGAACAGUACAACCUGACUGAAAGAACAUCUACAAUGUGUGUGAAGACUUUGAAAACCUUCAGGCCAUUUUUUGUUGAUAUUUUUUUUAAUUGUAUGUUUAUGCCUAGAAAAGAUGUUGGAUCUAAAAUUCUCUCAUUUGUGAUGAUUGAUUAUUUAGAAAUGCAGUCUUUAGACAACUAGAUGGAAGUCAUUAAGAUGAUAUUACAUGUAUUUACUAUAAGAGAGAUCAACUGAAAAAAGAAAAUGAUCAUAAAUAUACAUUGAUUUAUAUUCACUGAUAACAACAAACGUUGACCAAAACAGAUCAGAUAAAAAUUGUCAUUACACUAAGAGCAAAAAAAUAACCUGUGUACAAUGUAUUUGAAUGCAAUUUUUUGCCAAAUAAUCAAUGGUUUUAAAUAUAAAUACAUUGACAAUUAUUAAACAGAAACUGUC